UAUGGCAGAUAAAAAAAAAUAAUAACAAUAAGAAGAACUUGAACCUAUAGUUUAAUAGGAAAGUUUAUAAUUUAAACCAGGAGAGUAUUUAGUGCACAUUCUGUUGUAAUAAACAAGAGCAUUAUAAAAUCCUAAUGACAAUGAAAGUACUAUAGAUCCAUUAAUUCAAAUUGAAACAAUGGAUUAGAAGAAAUUCAGUUCUCAAAAGAAGGGAACUGGAUCAAAUAGUACUUUAGUAUGGAAUGAGCAUUUCUAUUUCAAAAGAUCUUUUUCAAAUGGUUGGUAAAUUUAAUCUUAGCAUGUGAAAAUUUCAGUAUUAGAUCACAAAGUAUUUGGAAGGAAUGCAGUAGUAGGAAUCUAUGAAUUAGAUUUCUCAACUAUUUAUAUGAUGGAUAAUCAUGUAUUAUUACAUAAAUGGUUGGUAAUGAAAUGAAUUAUAUAAUUAAUAGGGAUUGAUUAAUCCAGAGAAAGACUUCAAUAAAAUAACUGGAUAUUUAAAAAUGAGUAUUAAUGUAGUACAUGAAUCAGAUAAAUAAACUACUUUAAUAAUGGAUAAUGAGAUUAAGGAGAGAGGAAAGAUAGAGGAAACAAAAAAUAAUCUUUUUGCUGAAGGUGAAUUACUUUUACCUCCUCAUAUUCAAACAAAAGGACAAUAAUUAAAAAUUACAUUAGGUAGAGCUAGUAAUUUAAUGAAAAUGGAUUCAAUGUUGGGAUCUAUUGAUCCAUAUUUAUUAUUUGAAAUUGGUGGUUAAGAAAUUUAAACUGAUUUGAUUAAAAAUCAAAAUGCUCCAAAUUGGGAAUUGAAUCUAUUUGUAAAUAUAUUGAAAAUAAUAAUUAUUAGUUACCUGUAAUGACGCCAUGUUAAAGUGAAUAUUUGAUAAUGAGAUUAUUUGAUUAUGAUAUGGGUGGAAAGGAUGAAAUAGCAGGUAGUUAAUUAUUUAAGAUCUCAGAAAUUUUAAGUGGUUAGGUAAUUUAUAUAUAUAUAUUAUAUUAAGUUAUAAUAACCUAAAUGGUAUCAUAUUUAUGGAGCACAUAUAGAUGCAGAAUCAGAUUAAAGAGUGUAUUUAUGUAGUCAUCCAGAUUUGGGAACUUGUUAUGCAGGUAGAAUAUUAUUAUCAAUGGAAUUGGUUGAUUCAGAAUUACCUAAAAAGGAUAAAUAAAAAAUAACUGAUUAAAAAACGCUUGAAAAAAUACGUGCAGAUGUAUCAUAUUAAUGGUCAUUUUAAUGUAUGGUCUAUUUUGCACUCAAUUUACCAGUAGAUGAUGAUUCAUAUUCUAUUAAAAUUAAAUGGGGAGAACAUGAGUGUAAAACAAGUUCUGAAAAAGCUAAAAAUGGUGUUGUUGAAUAUUAUAAAUACUUAACUAUUGAUAAUGUUAGAUUUCCAACUAAAGAAAUAUCAGAAUUACCAGAUGUUUUUAUAUAUUUAAUGGAUGGUGAUAAACCUAUAUGUUUUAAGAGAUAUAAAUCAUACAAUCUUAAUCCAACUGCUGAACAUCCUGAAGGACAUCAUUUUACAGUUACUUUAAUUCCUGAUAAGUCUCUCAAAAAUACACCUAUGGAUCAUCCUGGUAUUGUUAAAAUUAAAUUUCUAAUCUAACCUACAGGAGGACAAGCUAAGAUACAAUAAGUAGUUAAACCAUAAAGAGAUGCCAAUAGUUUUCUAUAUGUCAAUUUAUUCUAAGCUCAUGAUCUAGCACCUACUGAUAUGGAUGGUUUAGCUGAUCCUGUUGUUGAUAUACUCUUUUAUGAUUAAAAAUAGACUACUGUUUUGAUAAAUGAUACAACUGCACCUAUUUGGAAUACUCAACUUAAGAUGCCAGUAUAUAAAUUUGAGAACGAUUCCUUCCCUCCUAUUAUAUUGAAAAUAUUUGAUCAAGAUAAAGUUAGUAGAGAUUUUAUGGGAUAAUUGACUAUAGAUUAUUAAAAAGGAUUAAAGAAAGGAUUUAUUACUAAAAAUUAAUCUACUAUAACUAAACCUUAAUGGAUAGAUGUAUAUCUAUAUGGAAGUAAGGCUGGAUAAGUAUUGUUAUCUUGUAAUUAUAUUGAUAAUGCUACUAUAAAAAUACCAAAUUAAAUUAGUCCUCCUAGAAUUAAACAUUUCAUUAAAAUUAAAUUAUUGGGUCUUAGAAAUCUUAAAUCAUUUGGUCCAUUGCCUGUUACUAAAGCCUUUGCUAAAUUCAAUAUACAAUCAAUAAGAGCUAAGGAUGAACCUUUGUCAUUAAAUAAUGGAAGUGAAAUCAUUACAUAACCUAAAGAUGCUGGUCCUAAUCCUAAUAUAACUUCUAUAAUUUGUUUAGAGGUUAAUCUUCCUGAAGAUGAUGCUUUCAUGCCAAAAUUUAUUGGGAGUGUUCAUGAUUAUAUUCUAAAAGGACUCAUGUAACCUCUUAUAGGAUAAUUUUCAAUAGAUUUAAAAUUAUAGAAGUUAAAAACAUUGAAAUAAAUAGAAGAGAAAAAGGAUAUAGCAAAGAGAGUAUUAAAUGGAACAAUUUAAGUGGAUUAAAACAUAAUUCAUUUACCAAGUUUAGAUUUGGGAGUUGGAAUAAAGAUGGGAGCAUUGUUAUCUAUGGCUUCUGGAGAAUAAUUUAAUGAAGAAAUCAAUAAUUUAUUAACUUAAUUAGGAAUUCUGAGAAACAAUUCAAUUCAUAUGGAUUAGAUAAUUAAGUAUAUUGAAUAUGAUAAAAAUGAAGAAGAGGGUACAUUUUUUGAAGUAGAUAAACCUGAUAGCAAAUACUAUUUACCAUUAGGUUAUGAUACCUAAACAUAAAAAUCUUAGUUAUAUGUAUAAAGAAAGAAAUUAGGAGGUUAACAAAUACAAAAUAAAUCAUUAAAUUAAGUUGAAUUAUAAAUAAAAUCUUCUUAAUAAGGACAAUAAGGAUUAAUUAAAUCUAAUGUACAUUAUCGUUUAUGUUUACCAUGUCCAUUAGAAGAUACAGUAUUUAUGCAAUAGAAAGUUUUUGAUAUAUUUCCAUUAAGGAAAGGAAGUAUAAAUUUGAGAGAAGUAGAAAGUAUGGCUGAGAUAAUUUUGGGAGUGAAAGAGAAUCAAUUAAAUACUGGGAAAUUAAAAGGGUGGGUGGAAGUUAUAUCACAAUAAGAUUUGGAGAAACUAUAAGCAUAACCUGAAUUUAAAUUGAUUAAGAAUGAAUAUGAUUUUACAUCUGGUAAAAGUGAUACAAAUUUAACAGAUAAAGAAUUAGUAGUGAAAAAUUAAGUUACCAUUAGAUUGUAUAUUAUUGAUUGCUCUAAUUUACCACCAAAAGAUUAAGAUUCUAUGUCUGAUCCAUAUUUAAAAAUAAGAUUGGGUAAAGAAUCUAUAGAUGAUGUUGAAAAUAAGAUAACAGAUAAUUGUAAUCCAUAAUAUUAUAGAAGAUAUGAUAUUACAACAGAAUUACCAGGUGCAUCUGAAUUAACAAUAUAAGUAUGGGAUUAUGAUGAUUUUAUGCCUGAUGAAUUAAUAGGAUAAACUGUAAUUGAUAUAGAGGAAAGAUAUUUUUAAUAAAGAUUCAGAUAAUUAAAAUAAAUACCUAUUGAAACUCGUUAAUUAAUACAUCCAAGUUCUUCUAUGCCAUAAGGACAAAUUCGUUUAUUUUUAGAAAUAAUACCAUCAAAAUAAACUUCAAUUCUUAAAAAUCCAUGGUUUAUUGAAUAAAGACCUAAAGCUAAACAUUUUAUAAGAUGUGUUGUGUGGGAUGUGUUAGAUGUACCAUCACAUGACGAUGAAGGAAGUUCUGAUCUUUAUGUUGUAGGAUAUGUAGAUUAAAAUUAGAAAUAAAAAACAGAUACACAUUUUCGUAGUUUUAAUGGAAAGGGUUCAUUUAAUUGGAGAAUGGUAUUUCCAAUAGAAUUACCAUAAUUACAAUAAUGUGUUUUAACAUUUUAAAUAUUUGAUAAAGAUAUAUUUACAUCUGAUGAUUUUAUAUCUGAUUGUUCUAUAGAUAUUACAGAAUUAUGUAGAAGAGCUUUUGAAAAUGAAACUAAUAUUAAAAUGUAUUCUUAAACUGAACCACCUUCUGAUGGUAUUCUUAAAUAAGAUGCUUAAACAAAAUAAACAAAUAAAGGAAUCUUAUAUGAAAAGAAUGUGAUUCAGACUAUAAAUACUGAAAAGGCAGGAUAUAAGAGUAAUUAAUAGAAUGGAAAAUUGGUAGUUUCAAUUGAAAUAGUUUCAGAAUAGUUUCAUAAUAAGAAUCCAGUAGGUUUAGGUAGAUCUUAACCAAAUCAUUCACCAGUAUGUCCUGAACCUACAGGUAGAAUAGAAUGGACUUGGAAUCCUUGUAAAAUGCUUGUAAGAUAAUAAUAAUUUAAUUUAUAUAGAAUUAAUUAUUGGGACCAAAGGCCAUAAGAUAUUUAUUAUUAGCUAUUUGUUUUAUGUUUGCUGGUUACAUGUUAGUGAUGCUAUUUCCAAUAAUAACUGGUAAUUUGAUGACUAGAAUAUUUACAGGUUGA